AUUACCAAACCAACCACCGUAAUGUAAUACAGAGUUAAACAAAAACAACCACCACCACAUCGUCCCUUCCAAAGUUCCAAUCCAACACACCCACAAGAAAUCUCGACAUCUCGGCAGCACACUGUCACAUACAGCUCGACAUCUCGACACCACCUACAUACACAUCUCGCAUCUCAGAUAACAUAUGUCGUAAGUACUUUGUAUAGAUAGCAUCGGAGGUAGAGGCAACAUCGGAGGUAGAGGUAGAGUCAUCAAAUCUGGUGGUAGUCACGGGGACGGUGGUAGUGGAUCAGGUGGUAGUUUCGUGAACUUACGUUCUGAUGACUUUGAUGAUUCUUUGAUUCCGGAGAAUCAGGAAGCGUUUGAUAGUACUCCUACCUCUGAUGACGUGGAGAUCUCACACAUAUCACUUACUCCCGUCUCUGAAUCCGCUUCAAAAUCUUUAACCAAGAAAUUGGUUAAUUUUACUCCUAAUUUGGAAUCCUUUGAUGAUAAGGCAGCUAGUAAUGCAGUCACCGAGAUUAUAAAGAACAUGUAUCGUGGAGCUUGGCCGAAUUGGACAAGUAUUCCAAGAGUUCACAGAGGCCAAAUGUUUGACCAAUUUAAGAAAGAUGUUCGUUAGGAUGGUAUAAGUGACACUUCAGUGAAAAAUGUAUUUUAUAAGACUUGUGGAGGGAGGCUAAGAGAAAUGUUGAGAACCGCUCGUGAUAAGGCAUCAAGUAUGGCAGCAACAGAACAACCUGGAAUUGAAAAUCCAGACAUUAGUAUCUAUAACCCGGAAUGGAUCAAUCAGUCUUUAUGGUUGUUACUUAUUAGCCAUUGGAAAAAGCCAGAGUGGCAAAAUUUAUCGACAGUUAAUACCGCAAACUCUGAGAAACGAACAGGUGGAAGUCAUACCACAGGAUCAGGUGGCUUUCUUAUGGCUAGAAGAAAAUUGGAAGCAGCAUUGAAGCGUCCGCCAAAAGCACAUGAAACCUUUAUAUACAACCAUGUGAAGAAGGGGACAGAUCCUUUUGACUUGAAGUCACCACAGAAGUAUGUUAAUGAUAAGUCACGUGCAUUUGCUGAUAAGGUUACAAAAUUGUUAAAGGAGAAGCAUGGCUCUAAUGAAGAUGACUACCCCGAUUUUGAUCAAGAUAUAUGGGAUGAGUACACUGGCGGGAAAAAGAAAGGGAGAUUCUACGGGUCAAGUAAUUCAACAGAUCCUUGUUACGUCCUGACGGGUACACCAUCUUCACUCAGCACUUGUAGCUCAUAUGCUACACAAGGACCGCAGGUAAAAGGGUUGAUCGAAACUAUGGAAGAGAUGCAAGCAAAACAUGAGUUACAACAAAAGGAGAUUGAAGAGAUGAAAAAACGUGAAGAAACUCAAAGAAAGGAGCUAGAGGAUUUGAAAGCAAAGAACAAAGCGGAAACGGAAGAAAUGAAAGCUACCAUCGCCGCUAUGAUGAAGUUUAUACCCAAUAUGACUCCACCGUCCUAAAUGUCAUGAUUUACUACCUUAGUUUGAAUAGUUUUCAAAACUUUUAACUUUCGAAUGUUAUUGUAUCGUUGUUGGUGGAUAUUGUUGUGGAUUAUUAUGCAAUUUAGUAGUUUAAAUAUAAAUUAAUACUUUUGUGGA